ACCAGCUUUUUAUUCAGCUCUCUAUGCAAACUAGAAUGCAAUCUCCAGGAAGAAAAAACACCUUGAAAACAACUUCUGACCAUCUCCCUCGAGGCUAGUUUUAACAAAUGGGAUCUUUGUGACUCACCAGGUCGUGUAUCCGAGCCAAAUAUCCACACCAGUUUAUUUUUGCAUUAGAAGGGAUGUCAUGUUGUUUUAGAUUACUAAAUGCUUUUUGUUUAAAGUCUGUCGCCAUCCACAGGCACUUCUGUGUCGCUUACUUACUAUUUUGUGGUCAGAUUUUACAAGAUCUCACUGCUUAGUUUUAUUUCUGGGGAGUUCUGAGUCGCUGUCAUUCACAGCUGUUCCGUAGCCCCAAGUGUGUUUGGAUGUUUCACGAGGUUGCGGUAUCUAUCUACCUAAAGCUAUAAUCGUGUGUCUUUCGCUUUCUGAAAAACUGUGAGCUCAGUUUUACAUCUGCCUCAUUUACCGUGUCUAAGGAUUUUUUUUUUUAAUAUACAAUUUUGAACUAAAACGUCCAUUGUGGAAUAUUUUUUUUCCUUUUCACCUAGGAUCCAUAUUACAAAAACUCUUGCUGUGCGUAAAGGCAAAGACUACAAUUUGUGCUCUAUUGCCGAGGAAUCAGGUGAAAAUCUGUCAGUUGGGUUUACUAAAUGUUGGUAGGGGAUGAUUAUUGAAGCAUGGAAAGGCUGCUGAUGGACAGUUGCCCGUUUUGAAGAUGUCUUUUUUAGGGAUUACACGCGGAGAAAGGCGAUCAGUCAAGGGGAGAGUUGGCUGGUGAAAUUGACUAAUUUCUUUUCGUUCAGGAGAACUGGCUCCAAUGGCUCCGUCUCCCAGGAUAAGUAAUCGAAAGGAUGCCAAUGCCUGGCCAAGCAUGUCCUCAACUUUCUGGGCAAUCAUGAUUCUGGCCAGUCUCCUAAUCGUCUACUGCAGUCAGCUGGCUGCUGGUACUUGUGAAAUUGUCACUCUGGACAGAGAUAGCAGUCAGCCUCGGAGGACUAUAGCUCGGCAAACAGCACGAUGUGCAUGUAAAAAAGGGCAAAUCGCUGGCACAACGAGAGCACAACCAGCCUGUGUUGAUGAAGCUGCUGUAGUUGUCAUGAAAACCAUUGUUAUUUCAAGGAGUCAAGAUGAAGCACGAAUUGUAAAGACAAAACAGUGGUGUGAAAUGCUUCCUUGUUUGGAAGAAGAAGGAUGUAAUUUGCUAAUAAAUAAAUCAGGUUGGACUUGUACGCAACCCGGAGGCCGAGUUAAAACAACAACAGUGUAACAUGGAUUUCAAAAUGGCACACUAGGGUCACGUGACCCAUGCCAUUUAUACUAUUCAUUUGGCACCGCUGAUUCUGAGGAUUUUUCCAUCUUUGUUUGGACUAGGCUUUCAUCUUCUUCCACCUGAUUUGAAGCACUUACUGUUACCUGAGCAAGAAGGAUCACAGCUAACUUCAGCUAUCUGACACAGAAUCCAAUAGGAUUCCCAUUGCAAUCCAUAUGUGGUUCGAGAAACUAAAAAGCCAAAAAUGUAAGAAAAGACCUUAACUCUUGGAAAAUACAUACAUUAUGUGAUUUGAAUGAAGAAAAAGACUCCAUAGAGCCCCACACAGGGCAAAGGCAAGAAGAGGGAGCCCAGGCCUGAAAUCUCUGUCAUCUGACCUUUGUGGUUCAUUUAACAUCUUUAACAGGCUGCAUAUAUUACAUCUAUUUAUUAGAUACAGAGGUCCAAAAUAAAAGCUGUCACCUUGUUUAACAAGACUGGCUUGUUGAAUGUGUUUAUGUUGUGUUUCAGUUCUUUGAAGUAAGAAAUGUAUUAAUGUAUCCUUAUUUACUACAAUUACUGUAAAAUAAAACUGUAUCUCUGUUAAAUUUUCCCAACAUAAUAAUCUGAUGUAUUUCUGAAUUACUACAUGCAAAUACUAAAUAUGGGGGUUGGAUGCAAAACACCUGCCAUAACACUAAAAAUAAGGCUUAAGGUGUUGAUCUGAAGGGAUAGGCCAGUUAUUAUUGAUUACUCACUUAUGCCUUCAGGGAAAUUUGGAGUGGAGAUCAUUCGAUAACCUAUUGAAUGAUCAUAAACUGAGAUUUGUUGCAAUAGUAACAAAGUAAUUUGUGCAGGACACACAUGUACCUGUAAUUUUUUAUUAGUACUACUGUAUAUGUUAUCACAAUGUUUUGUCCAACCCAGGAUGGUCACACAGGAGUACAGGCAAAAAGAAAGGAAGUCCACACACAAAAUGUUACAUUUUUAAUGUGUAUCAGCACAAUGUUAUUGAAUGUUUUACUUUUUUCUUUCACAAGACUCAAAACAACAUGUUUUUCAAACACACAAAUCAAAACUGCCUUUACUCAGGACUGUUACAGUAAUCUCAUACAACGGCUCUGGGUCACAGAACCUUCUGACACCCAACAGUUAUACAACAGAAUAAGCUCCUAUGCAGCAAGAACUGGUGCUGGAAGCUUGCUUGGAAGCUUGCUUGGAGCAGGUUGAUCUUUGCUGCUAUCCUGUAACCUGCCUCCAUUCAUUGCAAUGAAAAGCCUUUCCGCCUCAUGUUUAUACAGCUCUUCAGCUUGAGCAGCCCAAUGAUAAUCAAGAUCCAAUCUAGAUUAAACAUAUCUUGAUUGACAUAUGCAAGAGGUUCCCAGCAGAGACCAAUAUUGGAGUUUUGUCAUAGGCAGGGAAUUAACCCUUUCUGUGUUUUUAACUAAAUACACACACAAACAGAACACACUCAGGGUUUACAUUAUCAUGAAUCAGGAUUAAUGGCAGAGUUCCAGUUUACAUAGAGUAUAAACUCAGAUAAUAAGGACCAGUCAGGAUCAUGGAGGAGUGACAUGAAAGCUUAGGCCAAGUGGAUGUCAGACUUUUAGAAGUGUGACAUAGCACUAAAGUCGAAUGAAAGGUAUAUGUAAACAAGUAUACAAUUGAGAGAAAUGGCACGGGUUCUGAGAUUUCAAGUCAGGAAUGUAUGCAGUGUCUCCUAAUAUAAUGCACAUAAAAGCAAUGUCAUAAACCAUGGCAAAGAAAAUUAAGUGAGCCACGAUAAAGAAAUGAAACUCAAAGCAGGUUCAAAAUUUCAGAGAGGUGCGAUGGGAGUCAGCAAAAAGCCAAACUAUGACAAAAGUGCCAGGAUGGGGCAUUAAAAGGGAUCUGAUCAUCUUAAAACACCAAACGAUUACUCCUCCUCUGUAGUUUAUAUAUCAACAGGAAUUAUAAUUAUAGAAAUGUGCAUAUUUUUUUUAAAACCCUGUAUUUUGGGUCUAUUUGACCCGACACUGGUUUCCAUUGACCAUAAAUGUUACUUUUCCUAGAUUGGGGCAACAAACUUAAAAACAGAGUAUAAGAACUUUGAGAUGUUUAUUUUUUUAGAACAAAUUUUAUAUACAAACAUAAUGCCUCGGGUCAAUAUGACCUGAGGUAUUUAUCUAUUCAGCUUUAUAUGCAUGAAGAAAAUACAAUGCUUUACCUUGGUCCUUUAUUAUUAUUAUUAUUAUUAUUAUUAUUAUUAUUAUUAUUAUUAUUAUUAUUAUUAUUAUUAUUAUAUCUGAAAAUGGUGGCACCUGUCUUGAGAGAUGAUUAGAAACAAGGUUUAUUCAAGUGUAGGGCAAAGGUUAGUACAGGCUCCUUUUCUCUGCUAGUUCAAAAAUUAGUAGUUGCAAGCUGUUAGACAGUGAAGUGGAAGAAGAGUUGUCAGAAACUAAAAACAAUAAUGAUGAUCCUGAUUACCAUGAAUUAUCCUCUGAUGAGUCUGAAGAUGCCAACACUGACUGCAACAUCAAAGGGAAGAGGUGGAAAAUUAAACUCUCAUCUCCAGCCCAUUGCUUCUAAUGUGGAUGAAACAUUCAAGUCAAAAGAUGGAAAUAUAGCACAGGCAGCAUCUAUACGUAUGAAUCAAGGUAGGCUGGCAAAUUCCAAGGUCAUGAAAAUGUUUCCUAGGCCUACUAGAAGUGCUGUUACAGACAUUCAUGAUCUAGUAUCAGCAUUUGAUUUUUUCAUACCACCAGCAAUCAAAAGUAUAAUGCAGGAAAUGACCAACUUGGAAGGCAGGCAUGUACUUGGUGCAAAAUGGAAAGAGAAUGAUUAUGAUAGUAUGCAUGCAUACAUUGUACAGAUCCAAAGGAGAAGCAACUGCUAGUUUGUGAAAUACAGAAACUGGUAGGGCUAUACAUCCAGCCACUAUGUCACUUGAAACAUUUUACAUCAUUGCUUGUGCGAUUCGCUUUAAUAAUCAUACCUGAACCAACCGAUGUGAAAGAGACAAAUGAGUUGCUGUCAGGAAAGUGUGGGGUAAAUAGGUAGAAAUUUUGCCUUUGCUUUACAACCCAGGACCAAAUGUUACAGUGGAUGAACAUCAUGGGCUCGAUUCUGAUGAAACGAGUGAAAUCGCAGACGUGGAGGUUGAAGUCAAAGGCAUCUGCUCCGUAGGGUGUGGCUUCUCCAAAAGUGCGAUUCUGAUAAAAAAUAAAAACCCAGCACAAGCGUGUUUAGUGGAGCAGUGACAGUGCCCCGCCAAUCAGAGACAGAAUGUGCUUGCAUCACCGCAAGGCUCCAUUUUGAAUGUAUAAGUGGCUAUCAUCUGUUUUUUAUGUUUUCUUGAAUAUAAAUAAAUAAAUAAAUUAAGAAGUGGCAAUCAUGUCGCGCGGCACUAGCACAGAGCAAGAAAAAACAGUGCAAAUCAGAACAGCAAGUAGUAGGUCACUCGUCGAGAGAAUACGUAAACCAUGCUUCACGACAGAGGAGAUUGCUAUAUUAAUAAAAGAUGUAGAAGCACAUAGGGCAAUCAUUUAUUAUUUAUGAUAAUUAUACGUUACAUUAUUUCAUGACAUUGACAUUACUACAUGUAAAGUGUAAAAUACUUACUACCCUCCCUGAUCUGUCUACCAGUAGCAGCAGCUGAUUCAUUUUCUAGCGGGACAUGAAGUGCCACAUCACAUUCCCUCUGAGCUUGUAAUGUACUAGAGUUUCAAUAUAACCAGGGCUUUAAUUCUCAUGGAAUAUUAAGUACAGCUAACUUUUUUUUUUUUUUUUGCAUUUGAGUGCAUGUUCGUGCAUUUGUGUACAUUUCGGUAUUUAACAUACUGUUAGGUCCUAACAUUUAUUAGCAAAAUAAAUAAAAUAAAAAAAGUUUUAGUAAUUAAAAAUAAUCUAGUUAUCUGUAUGUGUUAAUCCUGAUCAUGCUGUUUGUUCAGUUACUUGUUCACAGUGUGUGUUCAUAAAGUCAAAGCCUCCUUCUCCUGGCUUUAGAAGAGAUGCGACGUGCCUGUGUUUUUACUGUGAUAUGCUUAAAUAAAGUUUCUGA